GGGAGAAGGAUAAAUGCAGUUUAAUCCACCGUGGUUCGAUCUGGUCGUUAUAUGUGCUAGUGGAGUAGGAUUAGAACUUUUCUUGAAGAUGAAUAUUUGUAUAACUAACUGGCAAGACCGUACAUGGACAGAAUAAAGUUCUUUUGCGAUAAAGAGACCUUAACUAGAGGCAGAGAGGCUUCAUGGCAUUAAUGUAGUACUAGUAGGGGUCUGUAAGUUGAACCAGCAUGAUGUUGGAUUCAUUUAGCUAUUUAUGUAUGAGCUAUUCUCGUACUGAAUUACAGUAUCAAUUCCAUGGCACUUAAUGUAAGAGUUCUGGCAAAUAUUGGGUGUGACAAUAUGUGCAUUGUUGACAAAGAAGUUAGCUCUGCCACGGUUGUUGAUUCUGAUCAUCUUGUUCUCGGCACCAGACGGUAUAAGGCUCCCGGUUGGAAAAUGUAACAAGUCAUUGAAAAGGAGAGGCGUUGUGACAGCAUGACUUAUCAGGAAAUCUUCGAGAUGGUCUACUGAUAUUGGGGAUUCAGAUAAUUGGGAGUCACCUGGCAUCAAGAAGGUUAAGGACCGGUAUGGUUGCGAUGUGCUGUUUAGCAUCUGCAGAAGAAUUGCAAAUCCGUAGUAAGACUUUGAUCUCAUAUCCGUAACUGCUGCCUGCACAUCGGUGUAGUUGAGACCGUGGACCUGUGGGGAAAGUGGGAAGAGAGCAGAAACAAGGAUGAACAAAAACCAAGGAGCCAUUAUAUUAGAGGGUAGACUGUAGAGAAAGAGAGAUGGAGAUUGGAGGAUAGGAUGAGACUGAAGGGUAUAUAUGUUAAACCAAGAGAGGAACAAAAAGGGAAUUAAGGCCAUUGUUUUUUUGCGGUGGCAAGUUGCAAGUAGGAAAAAAUAGAUGCACGACAUGAGUGCUUCAUGACAUUGUAUUCUAUUACAAGUUAGUUUGAGGGUAGGUAAUACACGAGGAAGCGAUCACUCUUGGAUUGGACCCAAAUGUAACUUAUCAAAAGUGCAUAUAGCUUGUUUGUGCCUAGGUUGGCGGUGGCUCAUUUUAAAAAUAUUGAAAAGCAAAGCCAUUGCAAAUUGCAAGGAUGAGGGUACUUUAGGCAUUGUAGAGAGAGAGAGUAUAUAAUAUAUUAGUCUUAGAUUUGAUUCGUUAUUACGUAGAAUUGAAGGAACGCAUAUGAUAGCAUGUUACUUUGAUUUCAGCUUUUCUUUUUAAAGAUGAAAUGAGAAUCUCUUGUGGCCCAGUUGGUUUGGUUGCUCCAUAAAUACUAUAGAGAGUCGGUGGAGAUGUUUGAAUUGCGGCAGUCACAAGUUUUUGUUGAGUUGAAACUUGAAAACAAUGUCUUCUACUUUGCUGCUAUGGAUUGUGCUAGCUCUCAUGUUUUUGGCUCAAACACCACAAAGAUGUGGAGGGCAGUUGGAGGAGGAAUGGUGCAUAGCCGAUGAGCAGACCCCAGACGAGGAGCUGCAAAUGGCGCUUAAUUGGGCUUGUCAAGUGGGAGGAGCAGACUGCAGUAAGAUCCAAGAAAACCAAGCAUGCUACUUGCCCAACACUCUACAGCACCACGCCUCUUACGCCUUCAACAAUUACUAUCAAAAGUUGAAGCAGCAAGGAGGGACUUGCUACUUCAAUGCUGCUGCUUUCGUCACUGCUCUUGAUCCAAGUCAUAAUUCCUGCAAGUUUGAGUACCUUCCUUGAUGAAAGCGUGGAGGAUUUGGAUUUGCAGUGAAACAAGUUACAAGAGAGAAUUUGCACUUGUGGUAUUAUCACUAUGUAUGUAUCACAUACAGAUCCAAUUAAAAUUAUUUUUGAGUUUCCAUUCA